CGGGGCCGCGCGCGGCGCGGUCUGCGCUUGCGCCGGGGUCCGGGACAGGGCGUAUUUACUCCUCCGGCCGAGCAGCUCUCCGCCGAGUCCCGACGCCGGUGCCCCCGCAAGCAUGUCCAAGUCUCUGAAGAAGCUGGUGGAGGAGAGCCGGGAGAAGAACCAGCCCGAGGUGGACAUGUGCGACCGCGGCAUCUCCAGCAUGCUGGACGUCCACGGCCUGUUUACUUUAUCCCACAUCACACAACUGGUUCUCAGUCACAACAAGCUAACAACUGUGCCUCCAAACGUGGCAGAACUGAAGAAUCUGGAAGUGCUGAACUUUUUCAAUAACCAAAUUGAAGAGCUGCCCACGCAGAUCAGCAGCCUCCAGAAACUCAAACACCUGAACCUUGGUAUGAACAGGCUAAACACUUUGCCCCGAGGAUUUGGCUCUUUACCAGCCCUGGAGGUCCUUGACUUGACAUAUAACAACUUGAAUGAAAAUUCUCUUCCUGGAAACUUCUUCUACCUUACCACCCUGCGUGCACUUUAUCUAAGUGACAACGAUUUUGAAAUCCUGCCGCCAGAUAUUGGGAAGCUCACAAAGUUGCAGAUACUCAGCCUUAGGGAUAAUGAUCUGAUAUCUCUGCCAAAAGAAAUUGGGGAACUCACCCAGCUGAAGGAGCUACACAUCCAAGGGAACCGCCUGACUGUCCUUCCCCCUGAGCUCGGAAACUUGGAUUUAACUGGCCAAAAGCAGGUCUUCAAAGCUGAGAAUAAUCCCUGGGUUACCCCAAUUGCUGACCAGUUCCAGCUUGGAGUGUCUCAUGUCUUCGAAUACAUCCGUUCAGAAACAUACAAGUAGCAAGAGGAAGCAUCCCAGGGCCCAAGAGUAGAGCUGGGAUGGACUUACAAGAUGCAAGAGAAAUGGCCAGGUCUUGUGCACAGACACCCAGCAAGGAAGAAGAACUGCCCUGAUUUGGAUCCAAGUCUUCCAAGACCAAACCCCAUCUUCGUUUUUUGUUCUUUUCCCUUUUUUUUCCUUUACUGCAGCAUGUUGUUCUCAAGAUUUUUUUUUUGACCUGGGUGGGGUUUGGACAGAAAAGAGAGAGAGGAAGACAUGAAAUGACACACAUUUAGGCUAGCAGAAUUAAUCCCACAACCCCACUAUGUACUUCCUUGUUAAGUGGGUCUUUGAUGUCGUUAUUCCCUUCACCAGCAGAGAUUGUGACUUAGCACACAGUUUCAUACCGUGAGAUUGUUUUUUGGGUCCUUUAAGAUUCCUUUUUGGAGGAUCAGAAGCAGGAUUUGAACUUAACACCUCAGAAUUCAGAAGCAGUAAGUACAUCUUCAAGCUUUCUUUGCUAUAGCCCAGCUUCUUAAACUGUGGGUCACAGGUCCCAUUUGGGGUCUCAUAAUUGAAUGUGGGGUUGUGAAAUUAUGAUUUCUUAUCAGUAAAUGUCUGGUUUAUAUACCCAUAUGCCUGGGAUUGCAUAAAAAUUUCUCAAGUGAAAAGGGAUCAUGAGUGGGAAAAGUUUAAAAAGCCCUGCUAGAAGACCCCCAGGAAGUUUUUCUACCAAUGCAGAAUUCUAUGUGUUGCACAAGUUUUGGCACUUUUCCUAGGAGCCUGAGAACCUUAGAGAUUUGCGCAAGAUCACACAGGCCGCUUGGGUCAGCCUCGUAUAUACUACACUGUGUGUUAACACAGAUGCUCGUAUAUACUACCCUAGUGUCCUGGUAACUUUGUCUAUUCAUGACUCCUUUUUGUCCAAGAAAGUUUUAUGUGACCCCAGGUAUAUAGAUAUAUAAAAUAGGUAUACAAAUAGAACAUUUAUUGAUAAUUUUGAACUCCUGCAUUCAGUUACGAGACCCCAUGUUGGGUUGCAACCCACAGCUUAAAAAGCUGGAUUGGAGAAAUUUGAGCUUUGAGGCAAUAUGUGGAGGAUAAGAAAAUAAAGAAGAGAAACACAAGAACUGACUGCUUUAAUGGUGCCAAUGUAAUAUUUUUACUUGACACGCAAGUGCAGGCUGUGUAUGAAUAUGUAUUUGUAUUUUUCUGGUCCUCCCCACCCACCUUGUAACCGUCCAUACAUCUGUAUAUGGCGCUCAAGAAUAUCUCCUUAGAGACAAUUGCCAGAGUUCUGGGAUAGUGAACAAUUUAUUUGAAAUUAUUCCAGGGAGGUUAUUUUUGAACUAUCCUGGAGAUAGGGGAGUUGUGGAGGAGGUUGUAGCAGUUUUUUUCUCUCUCGUAGUGAGAUGGAGUACAGUGGAGGAGAUACCUAGAUUGGUCAUAGCAGUCACUUCAUGGGCAAGUUGUGAGGAUAAUAGGAUCACAGAUAAGCAACAAGGAAAGUGUUAUACAAAUGUUUAAGUGUCCUACACAGGUGAGGCAUCCUCAUCCUAUCUCCCCACAUAUUCCAUAUAAGAAAAAAAGAAAAAGAGCCUUUUAUCUCUCAGGAAGUUGCCUGACAUAAGGUCUGAUUCUGGAUCUGCUUACCAAACGCAUGUUUUUUUAGUUUUGUAUCAUUACUAAGCCUGAGUAAGAGGAAGGAGGGAAAGGAGUAUUUAUUAGUUGCCUACUAUGUGCCAGGAAUAUUUGCUCUUCAUGACACUCCCAAAAGGUAGGUACUCUAUUACUAUCCCUGUUUUACAGUUGUGGGAACUGAGGCAGAGAGAGGUUAAGUGCUUAGGAUCAUAUGGCUACUAAAUAUCUGAGAUUUGUUUUGAAUUCAAGUCUUCCUGACUUCAAGUCCAUAUAACUUUAAUUCAGAUAUAAUUUAUGAUAAGUGAUAGGUGAACCAGUGGUUUUCUAUAUUCUAAGGGAGGGGGAAGGAAGAACCAUUUUGACUCAGGGAAAGUUUUUUUGAAGCUUUUUUUUUUUUUUUUUUUUGAAUAGGGUCUUAAAGAUGGGUUGCAUUUUAGGAGUGUCUAGAAGAAUUCCUCUAGCAGGGUCCCAAAGAAGCAACCUCUCAUUAGGAUAAAGUCCUCUUUUUAUAAUUAGUAAAGGUAUCCACCUUUAAGAGAAUAAGUUAAUUUUUAUUAACUAAGUCUCAUUUCAAAACUGAUAUAUCAAUUAUUAUUUUCAGACAUAUUUCAUUUGAAAUAAUUUCAAUUUUUCCAUUGUAAUAAAAUGAAUUUUAAAAUGCAAUAGCCAUUUUGAAAUUAUAUUUAAAUUUUUAGAAAUCACUAUGAUAAAAAUUUCAUAUUCAAGAUAAAAUUUUCAUAUUUUUUAACAAUAACAUGAGCAUCAUAUAGCUUAUUACACUUAUAUCAUUCAAAGAUUGGCCACUGGGUACUGUUUGGUGGACACUGGACCCUGGGAUCAUAGAUUAAGAACUAGAAGGGACCUCCAAGGCCAUCUAAGCUUAGGCUCUUAAACCAUAGGUGUAGAAUUGUGAAAGAACCUUUAAAGGAUUCUAUUCCAGCAUUUUCCUGAGGAAAUUGAAGCCAGAGAGUUGAGGUAAUUUGCCCCGAGUCAGUCAUUCAUAAUGAGAGUCAGGAUUUGAACACAGGACCUAUAAAUCUAAAUCUAUUACCAGAGGUGUCUUGGUGCCUAUUACUAAAAAAAAAAAAAAAAAAAAAAAA